AUGAUUCCGGCUUUCAAGCUGUUAGCCGUAUUUGUAAAACAGGUAUCGAAGCCAUUGGCCUCGUAUCUAAAGAGGAAAGCUAGUCAAAAUGAAAGAUUCCGCAAGCUGUGUGUAUCAAUUGGGAAUCGCAGUUACGCCUUUGACAGAUACAUCACGCGCAGAUUCUAUAACCCAGAGCAAGGUGAACCUGAUACCACUCCAUGGAUAUCGCCAGAAAAAUCGGUUGUAAUAGGCACGGAACUCUUCGGAGAAGUCAUAGUAUUUGGCGUCGCAACGUUACUCGUCAUCUCGGAAUACGCAAGGGGUGUACGCAAGGAAGCCAAAAAGGAGGCUAAAUUACAGGGUCGCUUGCAAGCUCUGGAGGCUAAGCACUCAGAAAUGGAAAUGUUAGUGAGGGAUGAAGUACAACGCCAGUUGGACAAAAAGUGGAACGACUUGGAACUGCGUUUGAACACGUCGACUAAGACCCAACCGAAUUAA